AUGACAAACGGCGACAACUAGAGAGACACGGACAACUCAAACUAGCUGUGUGAUAACUAACGUAACUAAACUAGCACUAACCCAGUAGUUCCGGUGAGGAGGAUGGGUUGUGCGAUCUCUGGUUCAGAUCUGACAUCGAGAUCUAAAGCCCAGGAGAUGAGAGAUGAAACUCCAGCAGUUUAUGUGAAUGAACAUCAGAUUCAGAUCAUCAGAGAUUCAUGGAGAGUCAUUCAGGAGGACAUCGCUAAAGUGGGAAUCAUCAUGUUUGUCAGGUUAUUCGAGACUCAUCCGGAGUGUAAGGAUGUGUUUUUCCUCUUUCGGGAUGUGGAGGAUCUGGAGAGAUUACGGACCAGUAGGGAACUCCGUGCCCACGGCCUCCGGGUGAUGUCUUUCAUUGAGAAGAGCGUGGCGAGACUCGAUCAGUCCGAUCGCUUACAGACUCUUGCGCUGGAACUGGGCAGAAGUCAUUAUCGCUAUAACGCCUCUCCAAAGUAUUAUGGGUAUGUAGGAACAGAGUUUAUUUGUGCUGUGCAGCCGAUACUAAAAGACAAAUGGACAAAUGAACUGGAAGAUGCCUGGAAGGCGCUGUUUCAGUACAUCAUUCACAUCAUGAAGGACGGUUAUCUGGAAGAAGAGAAAACCAAACAUAAUCCCACAGUGACGGCCACCAAUGAAAGACCAGACAAGAGACACACGGCCAUUUAAAGCCUUCAAUCAUUUGAACAUAUGUUGUGUACAUAGUGUAUUUAUUCCUUGAAAUAGUUUUUUCUUGUUUAUUUGAUCAGUGCCAAUUCAAGAUGUGUUAA